AUGGCCGAUAGUCAGCAAGGCGACAGGGCCUUCCUUGGUGCUACAGUCUUCAAGGAACUGAAUUCUGCCAAAGACCAGCCUGGAAGUGAUUUCUUCCCCCAGAGACUCCAGACAAGAGACCAGCCUGCCUACACCUUGACUCUGGCCUCUUGGGACUGGAAGCAGAGAAGCUGGAUUGUCCGUGUGGAGCCCUUGGUGACCAUGGGUCAAGUGACUGCCCUGCUGACCUCCAUUGGCUGGACGCUGCCUGUGUUGCCCGAGCUCGAUGACCUCACAGUGGGGGGCUUGAUCAUGGGCACGGGCAUCGAGUCAUCAUCCCACAAGUACGGCCUGUUCCAACACAUCUGCACUGCCUAUGAGCUGGUCCUAGCCGAUGGCAGCUUUGUGCGAUGCACACCGUCGGAAAACUCAGACCUGUUCUACGCUGUGCCGUGGUCCUGUGGGACCCUGGGCUUCCUGGUGGCCGCCGAGAUCCGCAUCAUCCCCGCCAAGAAGUACGUCAGGCUUCGGUUUGAGCCGGUGUGGGGCCUGGAGGCUAUCUGCGACAAGUUCACCCGGGAGUCCCAGCGGCUAGAGAACCACUUCGUGGAAGGGCUGCUGUACUCCCUGGAUGAGGCUGUCAUCAUGACGGGGGUCAUGACAGACCAGGCAGAGCCCAGCAAGCUGAAUAGCAUUGGCAACUACUACAAGCCCUGGUUCUUCAAGCACGUGGAGAACUACCUGAAGACAAAGCGGGAGGGCCUGGAGUACAUCCCCCUGAGACAUUACUACCACCGGCACACGCGCAGCAUCUUCUGGGAGCUCCAGGUGAGGCUCGGAGUCCCCAGCCGGCCGGCACUGUAGGGCCAGAGGGGCCUAGUCCCAGGGACGCAGAGCACCCGUGACGCCACAGACAGAGACACCAGAGACACCACAGUGCUGUCCUCCGGGAGGAGCAGACGGCUCUCACUUGGGCUCAGCAGCCUGUCCCAGAGCAUCUGCUCCGGGCCGGGCACUUGGGAGCACACACACCCGCUCUGCCCUUGAGGAGCCGUAGCCUCACCAGGCCGACAGACCCUGGCACGGUGCGGGGCCAUGGGAAUGGGAAGGGGAGGCGGCUCGUUCUGCCCCAGGUCAGAGGUGGCCGUCGAGCUUGGCCUUGAAAGGUGAGCAGGGAUUUGCUGUUCUGUGUGGAGGGGUGAGAUGCAGUGACAUUUUAAAGA